AUGGCUAGGAAUGGAAGCAUAAGCCAAAGUGAAGCAAAGGAACUGGUGGCUGUGAAGGAGAAACCACAAUCGAGCACGACAUGGAUUCUGUUUGAUUCUGAUGGACAAUGUUCUAUUGUGGAAAUGGACAAGCAUGGCAUCAUGGAUCUUGCUCAGAUUCAUUAUCGUGAUCUUCGAAUUCUGGAUCCUCUACUUUCAUAUCCAUCGGCUAUUCUUGGUCGAGAAAAGGCUAUUCUGCUUAACUUGGAGCACAUCAAAGCGAUUAUCACAGCUGAAGAGGUAUUGCUACGAUAUCAAAUGGAUGAAAAUGUAGUCCCCGUUGUUGAGGAACUUAAAAGGAAAUUGACUCCAAUGAGUACCAAUCAUCAGCACAAAAGAGAUGGGAAAAAGUACCACGACAAUCAACAUGAGAAUGAGGAUUGUGAAGAUGACUCACCCUUGGAAUUUCAAGUCUUGGAGGUAGCUUUAGAAGCCAUUUGUAGUUUCCUUGCCGCACGUACAACAGAACUAGAAAUGGAAACUUAUUUUUCGUUGGAUGAGCUUACAAACAAGAUAAGUAGUCUUAACUUGGAUAGGGUUCGUAAAUUGAAGAGUACAACAACGAGUCUGACUCUAAAGGUUCUUAAGAUUUUGUCAAUGCUCCCACCAAUCAGUGACGCUUCUCCUGAUAGAUCAGCCAUAAAACCUUCUUCUUUUGCUGAAUUUUGGUGA